AUGCAUAAAAUCCAUCUAUUUUCUUUUACUUUACAAAGAAAAAAUUUCUAAAUUAUUAAUGAGUAUAAAAUAAACAAUUAUUAAAUAAUAAUUAAAAUCUUAAUUAUUAAAUAUUUACAUUGUCAAAAUUUUAAUGAAACUUUAUCAAUAUAAGAUUAUAAAAAGUAAUAAAAUAAUAAAAUAGUUAAAAAAAAAAAGAAACUAAAUGAAAACAAAGCGUUUGAAGAACUUAGAACAUGGCUGAUCAUUGCCAGGAAGUACGAAAUUGCCCCGGAAAUACGGUAUAUGCAACGAUGGGUCGAGAAGACUAUGGCAGAAGAGACCAGGUGAAAUCUGAACCGUAUUAUUAUCGAGACUCGUCUCAACUCAUGUCAGUUCGAAAAGAGACACCAACGUUCUAUUGACACUGAUAGCUCGUGCAAACAUUCAUCCGGCGUACUACACGCGUGUACGCCAAAGGGAAAAGAAAUAAAGGAUGUGGCAAGCUUUAGUAAGUUCAAACGAUAUGACGACAUGUCUAUAUUUGGGCAUCAACUAGUACCGAUGUGAACGAGUCACUUCGAUAAUUCUCUGCUAUUCAAUAAUACUUAUUGUCAAUUAAAUAUUUUUUUGAUUAUGAAUCCGAUAUUAAAUAUUAUUAAAAUCGAUAAUUAGAUUAUUUAAUAAAAUUAAAAAUUUAAAAAUUCUUAUAUUCAAUUUUUUAACUUAUUUAUAAUAAUAAUAAAUAAAAUAUGUUCCAUGUGAGGUUAACUAUUGAGAAAGAAAAAAAAAUCCCUAGAAUUGAAAUACUAUAUAUAUGACAACAAUAUAUGUGAUAUAAAAAUGAUCAAAGUUUAUAAUUUAUUUUAAUAUUUUUUUUUAAAAUUUAGCUAUAUGUAUAUAUAAGAUAUUAAAAAUAAAGAAAUAAUAUUAUUAUAUUUUUUAUUCUCUAAAGAAGUAUGAUUAUAUUAAAAUUAUUAAUAGAAAUUAUAUAUUGUUUAAAAUUUAUAUUAUAAAAUUGAAAAACAAAUUGAUAAAUUUCUAUUUUAUUAAUAACAAGAUUAUAAAAUGUUAAUUGAAUAAAAAAUUCAGCAAACUAGAAGAAAUAUAAUCUUUUUUUUACAAUAUAUCAUAUACGUGCUCUUCGUUCACUGGUUUAAUAUAACAAUUUCUUACCGGAAAUGCUUUUUUAUUAUAGGAAAUAUAUAAAAAAACAUACUGUUAUCGUAUGAAUGAAUUUAAAAUAUCAAAUUAUAUAUUGUGUUUGAAAAUUAUAUAAUAAGAAUAAAAAAACAAUAAUAUUAUAAAAAAACAAGUCAAAUGUAUACAUAAUCUUUGAAUAAAUUAAAUAAUAUUACUUAUCAAGAGAAUAACAAUAAUAACAUUUGGAACUUGAAACUGUUUUUGCUUUUGAAACGAAAGAUAAUGACGUUAUUUGACGUAAUUCUGUUUUAAUUUAGAAAUGAAAUCAGUUCUUGGAAUAACAUUUAUGAUCCCAAUCUUGUAUAAUAUUACUAGCAUUGAAUCACAUAAUUACUGAUAAGCUAAAAGUGAGAAUAAAAAUGCAGUGUGAUUGCUUUGCUUUGCAUAACAGUUUUGAAACGGUGUAACUGAUUAUUUUUAUCAUUUAAAUCACUAAUUAGUUACACUAUUAAAGUUAUCGAACAAUUAUUCAUAUCAAUUUUACAUAAAAUAGUUUCUACAUAAUUUUUUUGUUUUACUAGAUAGAAGAUAAUUUUUUAUAUAUAAUUACAAAAAUAAUAUUUACAUAAUUAUAAAACGUUUCAUCUCAAACGAGUACUGUACUUUAGCUGUACUUUAUUUAAUCAGUCGACACUUGUUAAUUCAGAUGACAUCAUUAGUUUCUCGGAAAUUUGCACAUAUUGUCGACAUUUAAUUUUAAUUUCAUGGUAUUAUGAUGCGCAAGCUUGAUAAUUGAAAACUGGCGCCGUGAUGUUUGGUGAAGUGACACAAAAAAUCAUUUCCAAUUCAUUUUUAUUUUCAUUCCUUAAUUGAGAUAAUAACAUAUAUUUUUAUUUACAGUAACAUAUAUAUUUUAUUUAAAUUUUAAAAUUUAAAUACUUAAAAAUAUAUUAUUCAAAGAAUUAAAAAUUCAAAAAUUCAAAAAUUAUGAAAAAUUAUAGAAUUAUGAAUUUAUGAAUUCGAAAUAUUGUUUAUAUUUUAUAAUGUUUAAAAACUUUUAAGAAAAAACCGCAUACGAAAUUGUAACAUAUAUAUAUAUAUAUAUACACACAUAUAUAUAUAUAUAUGUUACAUAUAUAUAUAUAUGUAAUGAUUUAUUUAUUACGAACUUCAUAAUCAUUUAAAUUCUUAUUUAAUUAAGAAACAAAGACCUCGUCACAGAAAAUUACUUAUUACAAUAAUAGCACAAUGAAAAGUAAUUAUUUUAUACGAUUUCUCAUAUUAUACCACUAAUAUUCAUCAUUAAAUAUAAUAAUAAUAAUAAUAAUAAUAAUAAUAAUAAUAAUAAUAAUAAUAAUAAAAGGCAAAUCACAUUCAAUUCAAUAAACGGAAUUCAUAAUAAUUUAUAUUUGGAAAAGAAUUUUAUACAAGAAUUAUAUUUGCAAAGUACUAGUGAGUCAUUCGAUUUUCUUUGCAAAUGUAAUUAUAAAGUUAUAACUUUCAUGCAAUAGAUUGAGUAACAAGUUAUAUUAUGUAAUUAUUUAUAUUCUCAAUUUUGAAAGAUGAAAAAAAAAAAAGAUUCUUUAAAAUCAAAGAAUUCAAGUAUUUUAUUAUUUACAUGCAUAUCUUUAUUUAUUUUAUAAAGAUUUAAUCUAAAUUGAAUUUUAAAAAAACAUAUUUAUAUUUAUUUUUAUAUUUUAUUCAGGUUCAUAUUUUUAUAUAUUAAAAUAUUUUGUACUCAUCUAUUAUAUUUUUUAAUCUCAUUAUCUCAAAUAUCUCUCAAUUACCUUAUUAUAUAUGUAUAUAUAAUACAUAUAUAAUUUAUGAAUCGAUAUCUAUAUAUUAUCAAAAAUGUGAAUAAAACGUAUUAUUUUACAGAAAAUGAUUACUUAUGUAUCAUUUUAAUCACUAACGUCACUGUUAGUUGCAUUUCUUGUCUACGCAACAUCAUAGCUUGCGGUGUCUUUUGUAACUUUCGCGUAAACUCCCACGCGCUACAUUAGGCCACAUUUCAUUCUCUACUUAGAGGCACGAAUUCACCAUGGAAUUUACCAGUAUAUGAAUACAAUGGACUGAAAUUAUUCAGAUAUUCUUCAAGCGGCUGAUUUGAAUUUUAAUGAACUUGUCUUUUCGAACAGAAAUUGUCACAUAAUAUAGAGAGUCUUUCUUUUUUUGCUAAUGCAAAGCGAAUUAAAUCAGAAUUAAAUCAGAUUGGACACGAUCAUUAAUAUAAUAUAUGGAUUAAUAUAAUAAGAAAUAUAAUGUAUUAAAAGAUGAUAAAAAUUUGUAAUGAAAAAUUUACAUAUGAAACAUGCAAUAUUUAAAAAUUUUAUUCAUUAAUUUUCUCUUUGAUAAUAUAUUUUUUAUCUAUAUUUUUAAUUAUGAAUACCAGAGGACGUUGCGAACGAAAUAUUCUUUUCCUUUUAAUCAAUGACUAAAUGAUAUUUUGAGUGGGAAUUCAAAUGUGUUUGCAUUAUACAAAUAAUUAAAUCUUGCAUAAAUUGGUUCAUCAGAUUAAUUCUUCAUUACAUCACAAUACUAGUAUGAUUAAUUAGUAUGCAGCAAACAGGAAUAUUACAAGUAGGUCAAUAUUAUCUAUUAUAAGAUCAUUAAAUUAUUUCUAGAAUAUCUAUUAUACAGACUAUAUUAUUUUUUAUAUUUGACAUUUACAGGUAUGUCAGGAAAAAGGAAGAAAGUUACUGUGACUAUAGAAAAGAAGUUAGAAGCUCUAUUCAGAAUCGAUAAAGGUGAGCCAAUGAAAAGUGUUGCUGUUGAUUUAGGGGUAGGAACAUCUACUGUUUCUGAUUGGAAAAAGAAUCGAAAGGAAAUUGAAGAAUUUUGUGCUAAAAUGGUUUCUAGAGAUAGUUUAGGUAAUAGAGGAACAAUAAAAAAAGCAAAGAAUGUAACAUUGGAUGAUGCACUCUAUGUGUGGUAUAUUCAAGAACGUGAAAAUGGUAUACCAGUGUCAGGACCUAUUCUUAGAAAAAAGGCUCUUAGUCUUAAUAAAAAGCUAGGUGGUGAUCCUACUUUUACAGCAAGUGUAGGGUGGUUAGGUAGAUGGAAAGCCCGUCAUGGAAUAAGACUAACUCUUUGCAGUGAAAACUUAUUAGAAGAUGCAGUUACUAAUGACAGUUCAAAUCAAUUAGUGCUAGAAAAUGAUAUUGUAACUGUGUGUUUAUCCACUGAAGAUGAAGAGGACAUUCAAAAUACUUUCAAUGAUAAAUAUCAUCAAAAAAUAACACAUAUAAAUCAUCUUGAAGCAGCAGAAAUGUUAGAAAAACUAAUAAACUAUUUUGAACAACAAAGUGAUAUUUUAAAGAAUGAUUUAGUGGCAUUAAGAAAUUUACAUGAUUAUGCAUCAAAAAAAUAUUUAUUGACUUUAAAAGAAAAAACAUCUUCUGAUUUUAUUAAAUAACAUUUUCAGUGUAUGUCUCUAAUUAAAUGUAAAUAAAUUCUGUAAAUAUAUAUUUUUUUAUUUCUGAUCUA